AUGCAUCAACGCCACCAACAAGGGUUUAAUCUCCUGUGGUCUCAUCACAGCGGUGACACGACAUUCCGCCUCUCCCUCAAUCAACAACUUCACAACACUGAAUACUCACGCCCUGUUCGAAACAUGUCUGAAGCAAAGAACAUCAUCAUCACCGGCGCCUCCGGCCUCGUCGGCCCGCUCCUGGCCUCCCGCCUCCUCAACUCCCCAGAAUACCGCCUCGUCCUCACCGACCUCCACCCCCCCAUCCUCCCCCCCAACGUCACCCACCCCUCCAACGCGACCCUCCUCCAAGGCGACAUCACCUCCCCUGCCUUCAUCACCACCCUUCUCACCGCCGCCCAGCCCCUCCACGCAAUCUUCCUGUUCCACGGCAUCAUGUCCGCCGGCUCUGAAGAAGACUACGACCUCUCCCUCAAAGUAAACGUCGACUCGAUCCGCCUCAUCACCGACCAGCUCCGCCUCACCAACCCCGGCUGCCGCGUCAUAUACGCCUCCUCCCAAGCGGUAUUCGGACAGCCUCUACCCCAGGGAAAAAUCACCGACGACGUGCUGCCCACGCCGGAAAGCACCUACGGCUGCCACAAGCUCAUGACGGAGUCGUACCUCACCUCGCUGCACAGAAAGGGGUUUUUGGACGUGUUUAUUGCUCGGUUUCCCACCAUUAGUGUCAGGCCGGGGAGGCCGACGGCUGCGGCGUCGAGCUUCCUGUCGGGGAUUAUAAGGGAGCCGAUGAGGGGGGUGGAGUGUGUGGUCCCGAUUGAGGACAGGGGUUUCAAGAGCUUUUUGGCUUCGCCGAGGACGAUAGCGGAGAAUUUGGUUAGGGUUUUGGGGUUGGAGAGUGGGUGUUUGCCUGUGCAUAGGAGGGUGAUUCAGUUUCCGGGGGUGAGUGUUUCUGUUCAGGAGAUGAUGGAUGCGUUGGGGAAGUUUGGCGGGGAGGAUAAGUUGGGGUUGGUGAAGGAGGUGCGGGAUGAGGGGUUGGAAAGGAUUUUGAGGAGCUGGCCGACGGAUUUUGAUCUGAGCACGGCGGAGAGGUUGGGGUUGGUGGUUGAUGAGGGGCCGGGGGCGGAGGGGAUUGUGGGGGAGUAUGUGAGGAGUUUGGGGAAGGUGUAA